AUGGCAAGCAAGGUUCUCGUGCUUAUUUAUUCGCUCUGCGUCCUUUUCUACAACAGAUGGGCCACCAGGAAACACGCUGCUGCAGACGCUCAAAAAACGAUACAGGAUGCAGAGCAACGCCCGAUGUUGUCAGAAACAAAUGAAGUGCCGUUCGGUGCUAGAGCUUUAGAGCGAGGCGUUCUUGUGGAAGGCAUAUGGACACCAGGCCAGGUGUCUCCUAUAGAACCCAAUACGCCGACCAGGCACGAAAGCGCUGGACUGGCCCUAACGCAGCUGCCUCCUAACCCAGCAAGUAUGGUACAGAGGCCUUCUCAGACAUACAUGCCGGUGUCUUUAUCAGGCCAGUCGGGUCCAAGGUGGGCUCCAGCAGUUUCCGACAUCAGGGCCGAGUCGUCGGAUAGUCUUUACCCCAACGCUCUGCAUGCAGACAAAUCUCGCCAGUCAGAGGUACAACUUGUUGGUAGCCAUCAUGAUGUUGUCGACUCAGAUGUUGCCCGAUCAAAGGUACGACUUAGUUCUUGUGGCUCAUGGAUCAACAAGCCUUUUGACAAGCGAUUGCCAGCCGUUGAAGGAGCUCAUCCGCGGACUUCUUCCGAAGAGUUUAGGCGCAGGAUUAGCAAAUUGUUCGACGAAAACGUCCAGGCACGCCCAAUCGAAAUGUUUCAGUUGCAAUCCGAUUCCUCAGAGUCCGUUAAUGGUCACCAAAAGGAACUCAUCCCAGACCCAUCGAUGCAUAGACCAAACCAUGCGAUCCACUGA